AUGAUAUGGCGCAGCCUUUUCGAGAUCGACAUGAAGUACGUUCCCAUCAAACCGAUCGGCAAGGGUGCCUACGGCGUGGUGUGCUCCGCGAAGGACUCGGAGACUGGCGAGAAGGUGGCAAUUAAGAAGAUCGCCAACGCCUUCGACAAUGCGACGGACGCCAGGAGGACACUCCGUGAGAUCAAGCUCCUGCGCCGUUUGCAGCACGAGAACAUCGUGCUGCUCAAGGACAUCAUGCGUCCGCCCUCUAAGGAUGACUUCAACGAUGUCUACCUGGUGUACGAGCUGAUGGACACCGACCUUCACCAGAUCCUGCGAUCCUCCCAGGGCCUCAGCGACGAGCACUGCCAGUAUUUCCUGUACCAGAUCCUGCGUGGGCUGAAGUAUGUUCACACCGCGCAGGUGCUGCACCGCGAUCUGAAGCCCAGCAAUCUGCUUUUGAACGCAAACUGCGACCUAAAAAUAUGCGACUUUGGCCUGGCGAGGACGUCGUCGGAGAGGGGGUUCAUGACGGAGUAUGUGGUCACACGGUGGUAUCGGGCGCCAGAGCUUCUUCUGAGCUGCGAGGAUUACACAAGCGCGAUUGAUAUCUGGUCGAUGGGGUGCAUCCUGGCCGAGAUUCUCGGCAGGAAGCCCCUCUUCCCGGGGAAAGACUACAUUCAUCAGAUGCGUCUGAUAGUCGAGGUGCUUGGCUCGCCGAACGAGGAGGACUGCGCGUUCAUCCAGUCCACCAAGGCACGAAAUUACAUCCGCACGCUGCCUCACAGUCCGCAGGUUCGAUGGGAGCGAAUGUUUCCAAAGGGGAACCCCCAGGCGAUCGACCUGCUGGACAAGAUGCUCCAGUUCGAUCCCAAAAAACGUAUAACCGUGGAGCAGGCCCUGGAGCACCCUUACCUGACCGCCCUGCACGAUCCAAUGGUUGAGCCUGCGUCGGAGCCGGCGCCGUUUGAGUUUGAGUUUGAGGAUGAGGAGCUGCAAGAGGAGCAGCUUCGUGAAAAGGUUUGGGAGGAGAUGCUGAGCUUCCACGGCGAGGGCAGCUUCGGGAGGGGAAGAGGAUCGGGGGUUACACCGAUGAUGAGUUGA